AUGAAAGAAAAAUGGAAUUUUAUUUUGUAUCUAGUGUGGUUUUCUUAUCUUACACUAUCCGCAGUUCUUAUGUUCGGUCAGGGUUUCUUAUUAUCCCGUAAAACUUUAAGUGAUAUAUCAGAAUGUUUGCCUUUAAAUACUAUUGGAUGCGAUGGACAGGUUAAAUACAAUGAAAACAGUGUAUGUAACGAGACCGAAAAAAUCAAGAGAAUUUUAUCCAAUAUUGGCUCACCACUUGCAUGUGUCCCUAGUCAAAAUAGAGUGGUAUUUGUGUUAGUAGAUGCCUUACGGUAUGAUUUUACUGAUUUAAAUGAAAAUAAUGAAAAGCCUUUAAUUUAUCAAAACCGUCUACCAGUUAUAAGAAAGACGGUGGAACGAUGGCCAAAACGCGCGCGGCUUUUUCGAUUUAUGGCUGAUCCGCCUACGACAACAUUGCAGCGAAUUAAAGCUCUAGUCACAGGUUCAUUACCUACUUUCGUUGAUGUGAGCUCAAAUUUUGCUGCUAUUGAAAUGCAAGAAGACAAUCUAAUUGAUCAAUUAGUCAAAGGAGGCAGAAAUGUUGUACUUUUAGGAGAUGACACCUGGGCUCGCUUAAUGCCUGGAAGGUGGCUUCGAUCCCAUGCUUUGUAUUCAUUUCAUACAUGGGACUUAGAUACUGUUGACAAUGAGAUUGACUCAAAAAUUUAUGAUGAGUUUAAGAAAAAUGACUGGGACCUCCUUGUUGCUCACUAUCUUGGAGUUGAUCAUGCUGGUCACAGAUAUGGUCCUAAUCAUCCAGAAAUGGCAAGAAAACUGGAUGAAACAAAUGCAAGAAUUGAAAAAAUGAUUGAGACACUUCCACAAAAUACUAUACUUUAUAUUGUGGGUGAUCAUGGAAUGACUGAAUCAGACUUACAUGAAUGGAUUGAUUCAGAGGGUGACCACGGUGGUGAGAGCAAAGCUGAACGUACGGCAACAUUAUUUGCAUAUUCUCAUUUAGAAUUCUAUGGAGAUGAAAUGGAUAGGCUUACUGGCAAGGAAGUGCAACAAACUGAUAUGGCAUCAACUCUUAGUGCAGCUUUAGGAAGACCACCUCCGGCUCCGUCUCUAGGAAACUUAUUGUUUCCUAUAUUGCCAAAUAUGCCUAUUACUCAUACUUUAUUACAUUUGACCAAUAAUUUGAAACAGGUAACAGAAUAUUUAAUAAGAUAUGGUGAAGAAUCCCAGCAAAUUUCAUUGGAAAAAUUAGCUCACUUGAUUAAUGAUACUAGAGAACAGUUAGAUAAAGCACCUAAUAUAGAGACUGAGGAAGAUUUAAAAUUGUAUAUUGCUAAUGUUAAGACAUUAAUGGGCAACGUACGUGGAAUAUUCAGGGAAGUAUGGGUAGAAUUCGAUUCACUCUCAAUGCUUAGGGCUCUAUUAUUACUUCUUUUAGUGGUAUUUUUCAAUUGGAUCAUAACUGAGGGUAUUCCAGUGGAUCGUAUUCCACACGUGUUCGCUAGUUCUUUCGUCCCUAGUGGGCUUGUAUCCAUAGCAGUUUGUAUGGCAGUAUGCUUCACAGGAUAUUAUUUCGAAGUUCUCAAAGAUUUAGAUCAUGCGAUUAUUUUGAGCACAGGCUUAGUUUCGGGGACUAUUACGUGUGCUUUGGUAAUAAUGCAUUGGGACGGUAUUGCUCAAAGAUGGUAUGAAGGUCGUUCGCAAUUUUAUGAACGUUUCGCCCGAGCCGCUCUAUUCGCUUCUGCGGUGAUAUUGUCAUCGAAUAGUUACAUAAUAGAAGAAGGCGCUACUUUAGCCUACCUGACUUUGUCUGUACUGGGUUUAAUGGCUUGGAACAUUGGUAACGUAAAGUCUUUGAUGUUAUGGGUCGGGUUUGGGGUUGCUAUAGGCUUGACUCGAUCCUAUAGAGGUUGUAGAGAAGAGCAAGGCGAUUGUUGGACGUCAGGUGCGGGUAUACCUUCGGGUGAUACAUCUCGAGCUGCCUUAGUUCUUGCUUUAGGUUCUGUAGCCGCAGUGGUUGCUGUUGCAAGACGACAUGUUGAAUGGAGAGGCUAUGGGGUAGUGAUAGCUGGAAUAUUUGCGUGUGCGCAUUGGGCUGUAGGGUGGGGAUCACUAGGAUCGCCAGGCAGGUCUAAAAUGUUAGCCAGAGGAGCUUGGUUGGUUAUUUUAACCAUGUUUGCCCUUUUAUGGAGGAGAGAAGGCAAAGGGCCGACGUUGCCGUUAGUCGUAGCUGGGUUAUUGUUAUAUUUAGCGAAUGCGCUAGUGUUGGGAGCAACGCUUGCACCGACCGCUGCCUUGGCGCUUCUAUCCGGAUUUUUGGCCCUGAACUUGGUACCUAUGUUGAAGACUGAAGGGUCAUCAAAGUUUUCAUUGAGCACGAGAUGCAACUCAAGUAUGGCCUGUCUUUGGGCGUUAUUGGCUUCAUACCAUUUCUACGGGACAGGUCACCACUCUACUCUCGGCAGUGUACGAUGGGCCGCCGUAUUCCACGCAGGCGAUCCAAAUCAUUUGUCGUUUGGAACUGUUAUAUCGGUGUUCUUCAUGUUUAUUUAUUUAUUCGGUAUGCAACUGAUGUUCGGUGCAACGGUACCGCUUCUAGCGCUGUGGGGACGUAAUGGCGCCUCCGCACUGGCGCCUCGUACGCAACUGGCUGCGGUAUUCUCCUUAUGUUUGAAGUUCGCCUUGUGCUUCACUAUUAGGGUUUUCGCUUGUGCAUUAUCAGCAACGAUCCACUGCCGUCACCUCAUGAUAUGGGGUGUGUUCACACCGAAAUUGCUCUUCGAGAUGGGAUCGUGUGCGGCCGCCCUUGUAGGCGCGCUGCUCGGCGCCGCGCUCACCGCCCGCCACCUGCCCGACCAGACGCGCUCAAGU